UUCUUUCAUAUUGAGAGAAAGAUGGAGGCUCUGGCUGCAAUCCUCGUUCUCCUCUCAGUGGACCUGUUGUCAGCUGCAAAGCUGGGCGUGGUGCAGACAGAAGGGGGCGCUGUAGAGGGCCUCAGCCGCAGCACUGGACUCUUCAGCAGUGUGGACAUCUUUAAAGGAAUCCCCUUCGCUGAUAUCCCAAAAAGAUGGGAGAAACCCACACCACACCCUGGAUGGAGCGGUGUGCUGCAGGCUACAAAGUACAGAGAGCGCUGUCUUCAGGUGAAUCUGCUCCAGACCAAAACCCAGGGCUCCGAGGAUUGUCUCUAUCUCAACAUCUUUGUGCCGCAGGGACUCAAGCUCUCCAUGAACCUGCCUGUGAUGGUGUACCUUUUUGGGGGUGCCUUCCUGCUGGGGGCCUCUAAUGACGUGGAGGUCCUAGGCCAGUCACUGUAUGACGGAGUGGAGCUGGCGGACAGAGGAAACGUUAUUGUUGUCACGGUCAACUACAGAGUGGGAACGCUUGGAUUCCUCAGCAGCGGGGACCAGCGUUUGCCAGGGAACUAUGGCCUGUGGGACCAGCAUGCUGCCAUCUCCUGGGUCAAAAGAAACAUCGAGAAGUUUGGAGGAAACCCAGACAACAUGACCAUUUUUGGACAGUCAGCCGGAGCUGCCAGUGUCAGUUACCAGAUGCUGUCCCCAUACAGCAGGGGGCUCUUCCGCAGAGCCAUCUCUCAGUGUGGGGUAGCCCUGAGCCCCUGGGCCCACCAGAGGGAGCCCUUCAAACUCCUCAAGAAGAUUGCCAGUAAAGUGGGCUGCUGGAGGACAGAUGUGGACCUCAUGAUCAGCUGCCUGAAGAUGACUGACCCAGUAGGAGUCACCAUGGCGGGCAAGAUCGAUGUGCUGCUGCUGCUCGGGAGAGGUGUGGUGAUGGACCUUCUGGAGCUGGCCCCAGUGGUGGAUGGAGACUUCAUUCCGGAUGAGCCCAGCAGACUGUUCUCCAACACGGGACAGUUCGACUACAUGGCCGGGGUCAACAGCAUGGAUGGGCAUAUUUUUGCUGGAGUGGACGUGCCUUCGAUCAACAAACGUAACGCCAAUAUUACGCAGGAGCAGGUGCGUGGGGUCCUGGCCGGUCUGACCAAAGAGCGGACUGGACCGAUUGUGGAUCGGGCGCUGGAUCUGUACUCGUCCACAUGGGGCUCUCCUCCAGACCAGGCUUUGAUGAAGAAGACAGUGGCUGACAUUGAGACGGACUUCCUGUUUCUAGUGCCCACGCAGACCGCCCUCAAACUCCACGCCAAGCACAGCAGCGGUGCACGGACUUACUCGUACCUGUUCAACAUGAAGACGCGUAUCCCAGGAUUCCCGGCAUGGGUGGAGGCGGAGCAUGCUGAGGACCUGCAGUACCUGUUUGGAAAACCCUUCUCCUUUGCUCUGGCCUACUUCCCCAGACACCGUGAUCUGUCCAACUACAUGAUAAAGUACUGGACCAACUUCGCACGCACUGGUGAUCCAAACCAAGGGGAGAGCCGGGUUCCAGUCCCAUGGCCCACAUUCACCAGGACAUACCAGCCGUACCUCACCAUCAACCACCAGAUGUCCAAGUCCUCUGUCAGGUAUGACCUCAGAGCAGACUACGUAUCCUUCUGGACCUCCACCUACAGCAACCAGACCAUCGCAGAACUAAACGAAAACUAAACUAGAGCUUAAGCAGGACUUAACCAGGACUAAAGCAGGACUACACCCAGACUAAAUCAGGAAUAAACCAGGGCUGAACCUGGACUAAACCAGAACUAAAGCAGGACUACACCAGGACUAAACCAGGACCUGGGGACUACAGCAGAACUGAACCAUAAGUAAACCAGAGAUGAACCAAGAUUUAAGAUUACCAAGAUUAAAGCAGGGCUAAACCAGAUAUGACCCUGGACUAAAGCAGGACUAAACCUGAAUUAUCCCAGUACCAAAACCAGGACUUCAAACAAUCCUAUAAAUUACACCAAUAAAAGAACAAACAACUGUA